UGACAACGUAACAAGUCGGGAAGCUAGAUUUCUAUAAAGUUAAAAGUGUCAAUACGAUCUAAGAUAAAUUAACGAGGUGUUGUCCACUCUUAGAUCGACAUUUCUAUGGACAUAUCUAUUUAUCUGAGUGCAUUUCUAUCUAUCUCCUUGUUACCGAUAAUCAAAGGCCCAAUACGAGAUGGCGGGUAAAGUAAGUCUUGCGAACACGGAUGAUAUCCCUGAUCUCAUGGAGAUGUUCUGGGAAGCCUUUAGCGGGCCGGGCGAGGUUGUGUUUCCCCAUACCGAGGCAGGACGAAAGUGGCUUCAGCGAAGUUUUGAUAACUUCCUGGGUCAGAAGUCUUACUACAGACCAUCCUCCUUUAUGAUUAAAAUACCAGUCACUAAAAGAAGUAUAGGUAGGCCGGUUGCGCUGGCAAUCGCCCACAUCGUCCGUCCAGGUCAAAAUAUUACCGGCAACUCGUGGAAGACACGAUGGUCGCGAUGCGAGGACAUACCAGGGAUGAACGAAGAGAAACUCGCAGAAUUCUUCGAGCCUCUAGCGAAAGCCCAUUAUCUGGUCGUAGGAAAGGAGGGCCAUGUCUGUAAGUUGCCACCGAGUUAAAACGUCUAAAAGUGGCAAACCUAACCCUCGCAGUCAUCGAGCUCGUCAUGACGAAGUCUAAUAGUCGAGGAAGAGGUUAUGCAUCAGCGCUUAUGGGAUGGGCGACGAAGCUAGCUGAUAGCCUCGACAUUCCUUGCUAUCUCGACGCCGGGAUACGCGGCAUGGGCAUCUGUGAACGGUGCGGUUUCAAGGCGCAAGACAUCGAGGUACGAUACGGCGGGCCGCCGCCUUGCACGCCUAUGUUGCGAUCGAAAAAGCAGUGAGACUUUUAUGACGAAGCUAGAAUAGAUAUUGACGAUGGAUAUGAUGCGCUCGGCAACCGUCAACUUAGAGCGCUAGGGGAACGUUACGAGCAUGUCGCGCAGUGAUUCGGCCAGGGGGUUAUCACCCAUUGAUCAAGGGUCCAAUGCACCCCACAAAGAUCGCCAAUUUGCGAGUACGGUAUUCAGCCACGAUGAUUUUGUGUAUGGGAAUUUGAAGAAUAUCUAGGUCGUAGAGGUUUAGAUUGGUAAUGAUAUUCGGUGAUUUGAUGAUAUAUGUUUUUUUAUCUCCAUUGUGGUGAUUUGUUACCACAGCCUGAUUACGAACUGAAGGAAGAUGUCAAGGUCUAGACUCACUAG